ACGACCACACAGCCUUGCAGUUGCAACUCUCUCCCCAAUCGAGCGAAACCCCAGCUAGCCACCGCGUUCCCCCGCCCCGAACCCGAGCGGAAUCGAUGGCGCCCAAGGCGGAGAAGAAGCCGGCGGCGAAGAAGCCCGCGGAGGAGGAGCCCGCAACCGAGAAGGCGGGGAAGGCCCCGGCGGGGAAGAAGCCCAAGGCGGAGAAGAGGCUCCCGGCGGGCAAGACCGCCGGGAAGGAGGGCGGCGAGAAGAAGGGGAAGAAGAAGGCGAAGAAGAGCGUGGAGACCUACAAGAUCUACAUCUUCAAGGUGCUGAAGCAGGUGCACCCCGACAUCGGCAUCUCCUCCAAGGCUAUGUCCAUCAUGAACUCCUUCAUCAACGACAUCUUCGAGAAGCUCGCCGCCGAGGCCGCCAAGCUCGCCCGCUACAACAAGAAGCCCACCAUCACCUCCCGCGAGAUCCAGACCUCCGUCCGCCUCGUCCUCCCCGGGGAGCUAGCCAAGCACGCCGUCUCCGAGGGCACCAAGGCCGUCACCAAGUUCACAUCCGCCUAGGCGCUAUGCCCUUCUCUGUUCAUGUGUCGUGUUGCAGUCCUGGUACUGUUUGUACCUCGAAGAUUUAGCUGGUGUGGAUGUAGUUAGCUGUUGGGAUGGGUUUUUUUUUUGUGAUAAUGUUUGGCUUGUGCAAGAACUAUCUGGCGCUUUUGAAACACAGAUGAUAUCUGUAUGUUAUAGUUAUGGUGUUGAUUUAACUUC